AUGGAGGUCUGUGUGAAUUCAGCGAAUUGCAGUGGCAGAGAGUCGCUUUGUUUUUUCCCUGAACUGAAUCCUUUUGUUUCAUGGUAUGUUCUAAUUGGCGGUGAUUUCUGCUAUCUUGCUGUUGUGUUCCUACUGAGGCGAUGGAUGCAGCACCGAAGACCAUUGGAUGUUAGUAUUCCUAUGGUUAUCUAUAACAUUCUUCAAAUUUUUCUUUCUGCACUUAUGGCAAUAAAUCUCUCGCCAUACCUUAGAAACGGAAUUUUUAAUCUUAAUGGACUUUUUUGUUCUAACAUUGAAUUUUGGGUAUUUGUCCACUAUUGUAGCAAAUACCUAGAUAUGAUGGAUACUAUUUUCAUGGUUUGUAGGAGGAAGGAUGACCAACUGACAUUCCUUCACCUUUAUCAUCAUACUACAAUAGGUUUUAUAUGGGGACUUCUUUUGAGAAAUGGGAUGGGCAAUGGGACAGUUUUCUUUGGUGCCUGGAUUAAUUCAUCUGUACAUUUUUUGAUGUACUCACAUUAUCUUUGGACUUCUUUUGGUUUCAAAAACCCGUUGAAGUAUCUUCUUACCAAGGUUCAGAUGUUCCAGUUCGGAUUGUGCAUCUUACAAUCGGUUUUGGUUCCCUUUUUUGAUGAUCAAUUCACCAUAUAUUGGUGUCUUCUUCAGAUGGCAUACCACACAAGUCUGUUUUUUCUUUUUUUAAAUUUUUAUCGUGGAUCAAGAAGAAAGAGAAUUUCGAAAUAG